CAUGCAAAAAAUACUGCUGUGCAUGGCCAAGUUAAAAGGGAAAGCCAUGCAGUGGAUACAUGCGGAUCCAUCAAGGAUUGUACAACCGUUGGGCACACUACUGGAUGGAUUGGCAGCAGCAUUCGAAAGCAAGAUAUCCAAGGCCGAAAUACGUCGUAAGCUUGGGGCACGUAUAUGGAAUGUCGACGAGAAGUUUUCUCUGUAUUAUGAAGAGAAAACACGUUUAGCAAGGGAAAUCCAUUUAGAUGUAGAUGAGCUACUGGACGGUCUCAUUGAAGGAAUACCGAAUGCAAUUUUACGCGCACAGGCCAGCAUACAGUGCUUUGAAGACCCCAGCAAAUUGGUAAGGGCUUUUGCAGAUGUGCGUUUGCCACUGAAACGAUCUACUGGAGGAAAAGGGACAACAGCAGUGGGACCAGGGCUCGAUAAUGCAAUGACGGAGACGCGUUGCUUCAAUUGCAACUAUAAGGGACAUUGGGCAAGAGAUUGUCAGAAGCCCAAGAGGGAGAAGGGUACGUGCUACCACUGCGGCGCUAAGGAUCAUAUGGUGGCACAAUGCACGAAGAGGAAGGAUGAUAUUGGAAACAAUUUCAAUGCCUCAUAGAUUCAGGAAGUCCCAUUUCGUUUAUUAAAAAAUCGUGUGUAACAUUUGGAAUAAAGCACAUACAGAAAAUUACUUUGGGCUAAAUGAAAGCCAGUUGA